AUGUAUGACCAGCAUUGUGUGACUAUAGUUAUGUUGAAUGAAUCUAGCGACGAUAGCAAGACAAGUGGUGUUUACUGGCCGACAGAAAAGGUGACUUCUUACGGUCCUUUUAAUGUGGAAGUGAUCUCUACACGCCAGAGGGGGGAAAGUAUCACAGUUAGAGAGUUGAAAUUGGUCAAUUCUAAGGAUCACUCGGGCUCCGCGAGAAAAGUCUGCCAAUUUCAGUUUCACGACUGGAUGACUUCAAAACCAGUGCCGCCAUCACCGCGUGCGUUUCUUGAGCUGUUUGAUGCUGUUCAUCAAUGGCAAAAGAAAAGUGGAGACACUCCCAUAUCUGUACACUGCAUGAACGGUGCCCACCAGAGCGGGUUGUUCUGUGCCGUGGCUCGCAUACUGGACAAGCUGAAGGUGGAGCAGGAAGUGGAUGUUUUCCACACGGUGAAGGCUGUCAGACAAAACAGACCACAGCUGAUCAAUAGCAAGGAACAGUAUGUAUUUUGCUACGAUGUGGUUGAAGAAUACGUCCGUAAAUUUGACACGUAUGUCAACCUCCAGAUGUAG